UCAUGUGACAAUGUGACUUCAUCAUCUCAUGUUUCCGGGCCGUGACGUCAGGUGACGUCAUAGCCUCCCAUCCCUUGCACAUCUGACUGACUGACUGACUGUAGAGCGUCAAUGAGAGCAUGGCGAACAGAGACGACGAAUAUGAUUUCUUGUUCAAAGUUGUGCUGAUCGGAGACUCCGGGGUGGGCAAGAGCAACCUGCUCUCGCGCUUCACCAGAAACGAGUUCAACCUGGAGAGCAAGAGCACCAUCGGAGUGGAGUUCGCCACCCGCAGUCUGCAGGUGGACGGCAAGACCAUCAAGGCUCAGAUUUGGGACACGGCCGGACAGGAACGCUACCGAGCCAUCACCUCGGCGUACUACCGGGGCGCGGUGGGCGCUCUGCUGGUGUACGACAUCGCCAAGCACCUGACGUACGAGAACGUGGAGCGCUGGCUGAAGGAGCUGAGGGACCACGCCGACAACAACAUCGUCAUCAUGCUGGUGGGAAACAAGAGCGACCUGCGACACCUCAGGGCCGUGCCCACCGACGAGGCGCGGGCAUUCGCUGAAAAGAACACGCUGUCGUUCAUUGAGACGUCAGCGCUGGACUCCACCAAUGUAGAAGAGGCCUUCAAGAACAUUUUAACAGGACUGCAAUUGGCUGGCAACCGGUUCAGGGUGGACAUCGCCUCUCGCCCGAAGUCUGCAAGGAGCGACUCCAGCACACCUGUAACCUUAACGAGGAUAUGCGGGAUAGAAAAUGGAUGGAUGGAUGAAAUAAUUGAUGCCUUACCUCCAAUAAAGACUGGAGACCUGCUAGCUACUCUUACCAAAAUCUACCGCAUCGUGUCCCAGAAGCAGAUGGCGGAGCGGUGCACGCACGACGAGUCGCCGGGCAACAACGUGGUGGACAUCAGCGUGCCACCCACCAGCGACAGCUACAAGGGGCCCAGAGUGCAGUGCUGCCAGAACCUGUGACCUUCAUCAACAUCCUCAUCCUCCACCCUGGCUUCAUCUGGGAUGAGCACCUUUUUCUUUUCUCUUCCUUCUGUCAUUAAAGACACGUGUUGAAUGUUGACUGAGCUGCUGUCAGGGAGCAUUUCGCCGCAGACCAAACAGUCUCAAGGCACUCAAGCAGUAUUAGGGGCUCACCGUCCAUCUUCUUUUGCAUCAUGCCAAAUAUAUUUAUGUAACGUCAUCAUUGUCUAUUUAUUGAACACUUAUUGCUUAUAGUUGUCACAGGUUUUUUUUUUUUCUCUUGAAGAUUUCAAGACUGAUUAUGUUUACAAUAAAAUGAUCAAACUCUAAAUGUCUUAUUUUAUUUUGUCAGAAUAACCUCCAUACCAAACUUUAUGCCUUUAGAAAAGAUGAAUUGUUAUCAAGUUUGUUCUUAUUGCAGCUGCACUGUGAAAUACUGGAAACUUUUUGUAAUACAAGUACAAAACUAUUAUGUCAAUGCUGUCUGAAUAAAAUUCUAUUCAAAUAUCA